AUGUCCGCGUCAGACACCCAGUACGGUAUCGAGGCAAAGGAGCCGCAGCCACGUCAUUCUGAAAUCGAGAACAAGGUCACCUCUGACGUCCAGUUCCAAGAUGGCAAUGUCACCAAGGUCACCCACGCGGACGGGGCCGUCGACUACAUCGAUAUCAAGGCGGUUGGCGGCGACUAUGCCAUGAUGCGUCGAGGAUACUUCCGCAGCCCACAGUUUCUCGGCACCCUGACGGCUCAAUGUCUCGCCAGCAUCUGCGCUUAUGUGGCCUGGGUCCUGCCCUCAAACACGCUAAGUCUCAUCAACGCAGACCUGGGCCCCUCCCCUAACAUCACCUGGGUAGCUACCAUGUAUACACUGGGCUCCUCGAUUGGCUUCCUCCUCGUCGGCCGACUCUCUGACCUCUACGGCCGCAAGUGGAUGGUUCUCGGAACCUCGGUCCUCGGACUGGUCGGCUGCGUCAUUGGUUCAUGUGCCCAGAGCGUCGAGGUGCUCAUCGUGGCAAACACCUGCAACGGCGUGGCGGCCGCCGGCCAGCUGUCGUUCAACAUCGUCAUGGGGGAGCUCGUGCCGAACAAGUGGAGGGGGCCGGUCUGCUCCGUCCUCCUCCUCUCGUCUCUCCCCUUUGCCGUCUUUGGCCCGGUCAUUGCCCGGUCCCUCUUCAACAACACGGUCUCGAGGUGGCGGUGGAGCUACUACAUGGGAGAUAUCCUGGGCGUCAUUUGCCUGGUGCUGUACUGGUUCUUUUACAGUCCCCCGUCCUACGACCAGCUCCACGUCCACGGGAAGACCAGAUGGCAAAUGACCAAAGACUUGGACUAUUUCGGAGUGUUUCUGUAUGUCGCCGGCUGCGUGCUCUUUCUGAUUGGCCUUUCGUGGGGAGGAUCCGCAUACCCGUGGGCGAGCGCCGAAGUUCUCUGCACACUGCUCAUCGGCGUCGCAAAUUUGGCCGCAUUUGCUGUCUACGAGGGGUUCUUCUGUAAGGUACAACCCCUGAUGCACCCAAGAAUGUUCAGGAACGUCGGCUACGCGGCCAUUGUCGCCGUCGCAACCAUCGGGUCCAUGGUAUAUUUCUCGCUCACCGUCCUCUGGCCGACAAUCAUCGGCACCAUCUACACGAGUGACUCAAUGCAAAUUGGCUGGCAGAGCUCCGUGGUCGGGGGCGGCAUGCUCCUCGGGCAGACGAUAGCGGGAUUCUGCAUCUCGUACGUGCCCAAGGUGAAGUGGCAGUGCAUCUUCGCGGCAGCCACGGCCCUUGCAUUCUCGGCGUCCCUAACGACUAUCUCCCCGGACCGAUGGGCAGCAACCAUAGCCUUGGGGAUACUGCUUGUCAUCUCCGCCGGCUUCAUCGAGAACAUCUCCUUACCCGGCGUCACGCUCGUCUGGGAGCCACAAGACAUUGGCCUCGCAACCGGCGUCCUGGGAUCCAUACGCAGCAUGGGGGGCGCCAUCGCAACGGCCCUGUACUCGUCCGUCCUGGCAAACGAGGUGGACAAGAACCUGCCCAAGUACGUCGUGCCGGCUGCCACGGGCGCUGGUCUCCCGGAGUCGUCGGUGGAAUCCCUCUUUGCCGCCAUCACGGCCGGCGAUUUCACCGAGGUCCCGGGCAUCAGCCCCGAGAUCAUUGCUGCGGUGGGCAGCGCGCUCAAGACGGCGUACACUAGCUCGUUCAGGGUCGUGUUUUACACGACCAUCCCGUUCUCUGUCAUCUUGCUGCUGAGCGCGUUCCUGGUGCCGGAUAUGGAAAAGUUCCUCAGCCACAAUGUCGCGAAGAAGCUUCAGGACACAAGCUCCGAGACAGGUUCUCAAGAGAAGAGGGGGACGGCGCAGCAGGUGUGA